AUGUACACCUUGGGCAUUGCUAUUUUUGCCGCCAUCGGCACAUUCCUGUUUGUGGUUGCCGUUUACAUCGCCGGGGAAGCCGUUGGAGCUCUCACGCAGACAGCCAUCGCUGACAAGCUCGGCCGAGUGCGAUUCAUGCAGUUUAUGUGCGUCGUGGUAACCAUAGGGACGGUCGUCCAGACCGCAUCUGUGAAUAUCGGGAUGUUCCUGGCUGGGCGCGUUCUCGCAGGAUUUGCCGUCGGAGGACUUGUUGCCACAGUACCCAUCUAUCUCAGUGAGAUUUCACCGCCUGCAAAGCGCGGCCUUAUCGGUGGUAUAUCAGGCUGCGGAAUCAGCUUUGGUACCAUGAUGUCUAACUGGGUAGGGAUGGCUUGUGGCUACGCACCAUAUGGACCUGUGCAAUGGCGUUUACCGCUCGGCAUUCAAAUACCAUGGGGAGUUAUCCUUAUUAUCGGAUUGGCAACCUUUAUGCCAAAUUCUCCACGCCAGUUGAUCCGAAACGGAAAGGUUGACGACGCUCGGCAGGAGUUCAUCAAGAUUCGGCGUGAUCUCCAGGCUCACGAGGUCCAGGACGAGUUUUUGCUCAUGCGCUCUCAGAUCGAAUUUGAGAUGGAGAGAGAGAUCAAGUCGUACAAGGAAAUAUUCAAGAUCUUCAGGCAUCGUGCAUUAGCGUCCAUCGCUGUCCAGACAAUGACAAGUCUGACUGGGGUUAACGUAAUCCAGUAUUAUCAGACAAUCCUAUACAAGUCCUUGGGUAUUGGAACAACCUCGAUUCUUGCUUUAGCAGGCGUAUACGGCACCAUAGCCUUCACAUCAAACCUUCUUACGACGCUUUUCCUGACUGACCAAUGGGGUCGAAGAAAGAUGAUAAUUGCAGGUCUCAGCGGCAUCAUCAUCGUCGAGAUAUAUGCAGCAGUAAUGCAAAGACAAUUUCAGAACACGGACAACAGGAUUGGGAAAGGCUUCGCCGUGUUAGGGAUAUAUUUGUUUGUUGUUGUGUAUUACGGCAUGCUGAACAGCACUACGUGGCUCUAUGGAGCCGAGAUAUUGCCAAUUGCAUUGCGAAGCAAGGUUAUGGGGCUUGCUGCUGCUUCACACUUCAUCGUGAAUGUAGGAAUCACCGAGGCAGGACCAAGCGCCUUUGCGAAUAUCAAGGAGAACUACUACUACGUCUUUGUCGGCUGCAGCUUCUUCUUCCUAAUCGUUGCUUACCUCUACUUCCCCGAGACAAGACGGAAGACACUGGAGGAGAUCGCGGCAGCUUUUGGUGACAAAGUCGUCGAUUUGACAGACGCAGAGCAGACCUCGCGGAUCCACCCUGUGGACAGUGUCUUCAAAACCGAUGCCGAGGAGGUUGAGGCGCCAUACCCCAGCGCGAGCAGCCACCGAGGAUAG